GUCUGUCACUACUGCCCAAGGAGGCGGGUUCGCGGCAGCUGUUCCUAAGCCAAAGCGAAAAGACCUUACUGCGCACGCGCAGUAGACAGCCGAAGGAGCCACCGAUGGAGCCGUCCGGAGGGGAGCAAGAGCUGGGAGCCGUCAGGCUCCUGGACCUGCCUUGGGAAGACGUGCUGCUCCCACACGUCCUGAGCCGGGUUCCGCUGUGCCAGCUGCUCCGGCUGCAGCGCGUCAGCCGCGCCUUUCGGGCCCUAGUGCAGCUGCACCUGGCGGGGCUGCGCCGCUUCGACGCCGCUCAGGUGGGUCCGCAGAUCCCGCGGGCCGCACUGGCCUGGCUGCUGCGGGACGCCGAGAGGCUGCAGGAGCUGGCGCUGGCGCCGUGUCACGAAUGGUUGUCGGACGAGGAUCUGGUGCCGGUGCUGGCGCGGAAUCCGCAGCUGCGGAGUGUGGCGCUGGCCGGCUGCGGGCAAUUGAGCCGCCGCACGCUGGGGGCGCUGGCCGAGGGCUGCCCCCGGCUGCAGCGCCUGUCGCUGGCGCAUUGUGACUGGGUAGACGGGCUGGCGCUGCGCGGUCUCGCCGACCGCUGUCCGGCCCUUGAGGAGCUGGACCUCACCGCCUGCCGUCAGCUCAAGGAUGAGGCCAUCGUGUACCUGGCGCAGAGGCGCGGCGCAGGGCUCCGAAGCCUCUCUCUGGCGGUCAACGCCAAUGUGGGGGACGCUGCCGUCCAGGAGUUGGCUCGAAACUGCCCAGAACUCGAGCACCUCGACCUGACCGGCUGCCUCCGCGUUGGAAGCGACGGUGUCAGGACUUUGGCGGAAUACUGCCCUGCGCUGCGCUCGCUCCGAGUGCGGCACUGCCACCAUGUGGCCGAGCCCAGCCUGAGCCGCCUGCGGAAGCGCGGCGUGGACAUCGACGUGGAACCGCCGCUGCAUCAGGCCCUGGUGCUGCUGCAGGACAUGGCAGGCUUUGCGCCCUUUGUCAACCUGCAGGUCUGACCCACCCACUGAUGAGGCACAGCUGGACUGUGUGUCCGGGCCUGACUAUGAACUGUAGGAAACUGGACUGUGUGGGCCUCUGGUGAGAGGCCAAUGCCCUACCCCCCCCCCCCCCCCGCCCCGCCCCCCGGAG